UUCUUUCAAAAGAUUCAAUCUUUAUCGCAUCCUUCAACUCUUUUUUCAAUUUGAAAAAGACCCAUUUCAUAUUUCAUCAUAAAGUUUCAAUCUUUACAAAGAUCUUGCAACUUCCAACCAUGGUGGCUGUUCCAAAACCUCCAAUUGAACAGUUCUUUAUCAAAGCUACUAAACCAAACACUACUACUACUAGCCCAUUAACCAUUCCUCCUAUUAUUCCUCUCAUUGACCUCUCUAAACCUGAAUCCAAACACCAUCUUGUUAAAGCUUGUCAAGAUUUUGGAUUCUUUAAAGUUGUUAAUCAUGGUGUUCCAACAAAAUUUAUUAAUAAACUUGAAACAGAAGCUGUCAAAUUCUUUGCUUCACCACCUUCUGUUAAAGAACAUUUUGGGCCGCCCAACCCAUUUGGUUAUGGAAACAAAAACAUUGGCCGAAAUGGUGAUUUUGGAUGGGUUGAAUACCUUCUUCUUAAUACCAAACCCGAAUCAUACCCGGAAAAUUUCAAGGGUGUUGUGAAUGAUUAUGUGACAUCAGUGAAGAAAAUGGCAUGUGAAAUAUUGGAAUUACUGGCAGAUGAAAUGAAAUUACAGCCAAGAAAUGUGUUUAGUAAGCUGUUAAAAGAUGAACAGAGUGACUCUGUUUUCAGGGUCAACCAUUACCCACCAUGCCCUGAGUUUCAUGAAAAUGAAAAAAAUGGCAACAAAUUGGUGGGUUUUGGUGAACAUACUGACCCUCAAAUUAUUUCAGUUUUGAGAUCAAAUAAUACUUCCGGGCUUGAAAUUUCAUUAAGAGAUGGAAGUUGGAUGCCUGUUCCUCCUGAUUCUGAUUCCUUUUUCAUCAAUGUUGGUGACUCUUUACAGGUGAUGACCAAUGGAAGAUUCAAGAGUGUGAAGCAUAGAGUGGUGGCAAAUGGUACCAAAAGUAGGCUGUCAAUGAUCUAUUUUGGAGGACCACCAUUGAGUGAAAAAAUUGCACCAUUGCCUUCACUUAUGCAAAAAGAAGAGCAUAGUUUGUACAAGGAAUUCACUUGGUUUGAAUACAAGAAAUCCGCGUUUAACACAAGAUUGGCGGAUAACAGGCUUGGCCUAUUCGAAAAAAUCGUUGCUUCUUAGGGUUUUAGCGUUGUGUUCUUUUUAUUUGAUUUGUUUGUGAAACAAAGUAUAGUUGUAGCUAGACAACGUACAUUAGCUAAUAGGUGUAUAACUUUUGUUAUUUGAUGCAUUUGGUUCAUAUUUCUUUUGUGACUUUCACGGGUGUUGUCUAAAUUGUUUCGUGUAA